CUCAAAAUGAAUUCAACAAAAACAACCAACAUGAAUAACAAACAUUCCUCUCAUUUUCCUCGUAAAAAAUAUUGUAAAAGUAUUAACAACAUAAUUAAUAAUAAAAUAAAUAAAACAUUAAAAACAACAUUAAUUAAAGAAAAUUCUUCGUCAUUUUUAGUUUCUAAUUUAAUUGAAAAUAAAAAUUUAGAGGAAGGAAUAGAACAGAAAUUAAAUAAAAAUGAAGAAAAAAAUGAAAAAAUAAAUAAAAAUAAUGAAGAAAAAAUUAAUUUUGAAGAGGAGGUUGAGGAUUUAAUUGAAUUAAAUAAUGAUUUGUCUGAUUCUGAUGAUAAAAAUGAAAUGAAGAAUACAUCGACAGAGUUGCUUAUAGCGGCUUUUGGUAAGGAAAAAAUUUUUUAA